UUGGAAUCGUGUGCUAGAAAUUUGAGUCGACUUUAUCUUCUUAUCCUUUCAAAUCCAUUUCAAAAUUUCAAACUCUUUCGGUUCUUCAUCCAGUAUUAUGGUUUCUCCCGGUACUUAUAACGUUUUUUUAAGCUUUAGAGGCGAAGAUACUCGUAAUGCUUUUACGGAUCAUCUUUACGACGCAUUAGUCCGAGCAGGAAUUGUUACUUUUAGGGAUAAUGAAGAAAUCAGGAGAGGUGAAGAACUGCAGCCGGAGAUCGAGAGAGCAAUUAAAGAAUCAAGGGCUUCAGUAGUUGUCUUCUCAGAGAAGUAUGCAACUUCAACUUGGUGUCUGGAUGAGCUUGCGUUGAUCCUCCAGCAAAGGAGGGAGUGCAAUCACUUCGUUCUACCUGUUUUUUAUCAUGUCGAUCCUUCUGAUGUGAGGAAACAAACGGGAACUUUUGCUAUAGAAGUCAAAGCCUCUUCAAGGUGGACAGAUGACAACGUGAGCCUGUGGAAAAAAGCUCUUAAAGAAGUUCCUGAUUUAGGAGGCAUGGUUUUGUCUGGGGGAAAAAUGGAAGUAAGUUGGAGAUGGUACGACAGAUCUUUGUUUACAGCUAGUUCGGAAAAGUCCGAAGCAAAAUUUGUGAAGGAAAUUGUUGACAUAAUUUACAAUAAAUUGGAACGCAGAGAAGUUAGUCUUCCACAAAAUAUAACUGGGAUGGCUGCUCGAUACGAAGAUAUCAGUGCCUGGUUAAAUCAACCGGAUGUUGAAUUUUUAGCAAUUUGCGGCAUGGGUGGAAGUGGCAAGACGACACUAGCCAAAUAUAUCUACAAUUCAAACUGGAAAACUUAUGAGAACAUGAGUUUUCUUGAAGGCAUUAGAGAAAAAUGUGAACAGCCCGAUGGUAUGCGUGUGCUACAAGAACAACUUCUCAAAGGUAUUUUAGGCGGCAAGAAGAGAAAAAUACCUAGUGUUUCUGAAGGCACAUGUAAGAUUGAGGAGGCCUUACAGACAAAAAGGUCGCUUAUUGUUCUUGAUGACAUUGUUGAACGUAGUCAGUUAGUUGCUUUACUUGGAACCGGGAAGAUUAAUCCACAAACCAAGAUUAUAAUAACAACAACCAGAGAAAAUACAGAUGAUUGGUUUAAGUUCACAGACUGGAGGUGUCAAGAUUAUGAAAUGAAAUUAUUGAAUGAUGAUGAAUCGUUAGAGCUUUUAAGUCGUCAUGCUUUUGGUUCCAAAGUUCCCAUGGAAGGUUUCAAGGAGGUUGCAGAACAAGCGGUACAAUAUUGUGAAGGGAAUCCGCUGGCUCUUGAAGUGUUGGCUUCUGCUCUGUCCCAAAAAAAUACCAUCGUACAUUGGAAAAGUCAAUUGAAUACACUGGAAAAAGAUAUUCAUUCUAGAAUUCACAAUGUACUUAUAAUGAGCUACAACUCACUAUCGCUUGUCUUAGAAAAGGAGUUGUUUCUGCAUAUUGCUUGUUUCUUUGUUGGUAAAGACAAGGAUUAUGUGGUAAAGAUAUUGCAGCAUGAUUACAAUGCAGCAUCUGGGAUCACAAGCCUAUCCAACAGAUGCCUUCUUUCUGUUUCACCAAACAACAAACUGAUGAUGCAUCGGUUGCUUCAAGAGAUGGGGAAAAACAUAGUUCGUCAAGAAUCAAAAUUCCCUGAACAACGUAGUAGAGUCUGGCUUAGUAGCGACUCCUAUAAGAUAUUGAGCAAGGGAAAGGGUUCAGAAACUAUGGAGGGUUUAGCACUUGACAUGCAAAUGCUGGAAGAACAGAAGUUUGCUUUCAAGUCAUCAAACCUCAAGACAGAUGCACUUCAAAAGAUGGAUAAACUAAAAUUACUCCAACUAAACUUCGUGCAGCUCACUGGGUUCUACGAGAAUUUUUCAGAAGACUUGAGAUGGCUCUGCUGGCUUGGAUCCAAUUUAAGAACCAUACCCUCUGACUUAUUCAUGGGGAACUUGGUGGCUAUAGAUAUGAGCUAUAGCAACUUGGAAAUAUUUGAACCACCCAUGGUUCUUCCGUCACUGCAGAUUUUGAAUCUUACAGAUUCACACAAUCUACUCGAAAUCCGCAACAUGUCCAUGAUCCCUCAUCUAGAGACUUUAAUUCUUUGGAACUGCCACAGUCUCUCUCGUGUUUGUGAAACAAUUGGAGACCUCACGAGUCUUGCACUACUGAACAUGACAGGAUGUAGAAAUCUGUGCAAGAGUGAGCAAAUGGAAGCUUCUACCUCUGGUAAAGGUGUUGCAGAACAACCUACCCUUUUCUUCCCACGUUCAUUACACCGGUUAUUCCUCAAGGAUUGCGAUCUUGAGUGUACUGAGUCUUUUCCUCUGAGUUUUAGCAUUCAACUAUCUUUGCAGUACAUGAAUUUAGGCAAUAGUCUCUUCGAGUUUCUGCCUUCUUAUGACCAUCUUAAAAAUCUUCGGGUCCUUGACUUGAGUUUAUGUUCGAUGCUUAAACAGCUUCUUUGUCUCCCAAGUACACUUGCAGAAUUGUAUGUAUACUAUUGUAAGUCGCUGGAGGAAAUAAGCUUCCAAUCACAUCGAUUCACAUUGCAAGAGUUUGGGUAUGAAGGUUGUAUUAGUUUAUUAGAAAUUGAAGGCUUUAUCAAAUUGGUGCCUGUAACCAAACUUGAAGAAAACGAUUUGGGACAUAUGAAGUGGCUAAAAGAAUAUCAAAAUCAUGAGGUGUGCCUGGUUGGUGAUGAUGAGCUCACCAAAGGCAGAAGUUCGUGUGUCCAGAUGUUGUUUGAAUUCAAUAUAAUGAGCACAUCUCUUCCAUACAUGAAGGAUCCAAUGAUGAAGCCUACUUAUGUAUCAGAGUUAUCAUAUUUGUACUUUGAUGUGCCUCCGCCUCCCAAGAAUAGAAGGCUCAAAGGACUUGAUGUAACUUUCAAGUAUACAAUGUCAGGUGAGGAUGACGUGUUAUGGUUCUGUAAGAUCAGUACGAACAAUGAUGUUGAUUUGAUGUACAACCCCAAAGUCUUUGGCAAACCUAAAUUUGGUGAAGUUGGUAUAUGGUUAAGCUAUUGGCCAAUUGGAAAUGCAUUGCACACGGGAGAUAAGGUCAAUGUCUCUAUCGCUGUGAUCAGUGGAUUGGAGGUACAUGAAUGCGGAGUGAGCCUUGUUUAUACUGAUGAUAAAGUAGCAGAGGAAACCUUGGAAAAUAACAUGGGAUUGGUAGAAGUUCUUGGAGGAGAUUUGUCUGGAUUUCAACUAAGCACACGGGCUUACUAUUUGUGUCGCCGUGAUUUGUUUGAGUUAAUGGAGGUUGGUAAACUGACACCCGGUUGGUUUAGUAUUCUAGUUGGUGAUACCAUUGAAUGUACAGAGGUACGAGGAUGGAGAAAAACAGGUCGACCUACUCAGUUGAAUCCAUCGUUUACUGAGUUAAAGUUUGUUAGAUGCAUCAUCCAUGGUCCUGAAUCGGAGGACAUUUACAAGAUUGUAGAUAUGUCAAAAUCAUCUAUCGUAGAUAAAAAAUUGGAGUUUAUGUCAAGCCCACUUGGGGAUUCAAUGGUAUCUUCCACAUCGUCUAAAUUUACUGAACUACCAAUAAAGGCUGUUGUUGACAGUCGAGAUCAGGAGCAAGAAAUUUUGCUGUUGAGAAAGCAUCUUGUUGACUAUUCAAUUAAGGAAGCCCAAAUACACAAUGAGAAGUUUGCUCUUGAGAAACAAAUUGCUUAUAUGCGUCUGGCUUUCGAUCAGCAGCAACAGGAUCUGGCUGAUGCGGCAUCUAAAGCUCUCUCUUACAGACAAGACAUUAUUGAAGAAAAUAUACGCCUAACCUAUGCAUUGCAGGAUGCACAAGAAGAAAGAACAACAUUUAUAUCAUCUUUGAUGCCUCUUCUUGCGGAGUAUUCUCUUCAGCCACCAGUUGCUGAUGCCCAGUCCAUCGUUAGUAAUGUUAAGGUUCUUUUUAGGCAUUUGCAGGAGAAGCUCAUAGGAAUUGAGACAAAGCUAAAAGAGUCUCCAUAUCAGCUAGCAGCCUGGCGUUCUGAUUCAAGUUUUGCACAAUCACUGUUGCAUUCUUUUGGGGGGAACAAAAAUGGGCUUGAAUUGGUUACACAACAAGCAUACUCUGAUGGAGACCAUCCAACUCCAAAAGGGUGGGAUGGAGCUGGUGUUCCAGAAACUUCAGAGCCUGAUUCAGGGAGGUAUUCACCUCUUCUAAACAGAAACAAUAAUAAUAAUAAUGGUGUACGGAGAUUAGGUGGUGAUUCGUAUCCUACAACGACAAGUAGUAAAAAUGAGGAAACCAGCAACAAACAGGUUACAUUUAGCGACCCUGUUAGCAGUAAUAAUGAUGUUGAUGAUUUAGAAGGAGGAGGAGAAGCAUUUGUCAAUUGGAAUUCCAAGACCCCCCUUGAAGAUCCCCAGCCCCAGCCCCACUCCCACUCAUAUUCUCCAUAUUUAACUCCAGUGCCUGAAAAACCUGAUUCUUCAUACUCUGAAGCAGCUGCAGAUGAUGAUCCAUUACCUGCAGUGGAGUCCCUCCAAAUUUCAGGCGAAGCUUUUCCAGGUCGAGAACUCCAAGCAAGUGGAUACUCCCUCAAUGGAACUACAAGUUGUAAUUUUGAGUGGGUGCGGCAUAUGGAAGAUGGAUCUGUUAGUUAUAUAGAAGGUGCAAAGCAGCAAAAUUAUCUUGUUACUGCUGAUGAUGUUGAUACAUACCUUGCCAUUGAAGUCCAGCCCACGGAUAACAGAAAACGAAAGGGUGAACUUGUAAAGGUUUUCGCCAAUGAGCACAGCAAAAUUGUCUGUGAUCCUGAUAUGCAUGACAAUAUCAGAAAAGCUCUUCAGACUGGUCAUGCUGAACACAGAUUGUCUUUAUGGACAGGAUUCCUUGAGAUAUGGGAGCCAGUUACAUUAGUCAUCAGAAAAGAUGGAAUUAACAUAAAAGGUGGUACUACUCCUGUCAAUGAGAAGUUUUCUCCCAACACAAGGGUUUAUAUUCCGUGUGGAAAUCCUGUAGAGUUUUCCAUUAUUGGUUUGGGAGGUGUUGAGCAACGGCUUCGGGUGGAGCAAGAAUCAGAUACUAUAAGUUCAAGGGAUGUCAUUGUGCUUACCCUGAGAUACUUUAUCAAUAGGGCUGCCAAGAAAAAAAAGGUGAAAAAGAAGGGCUUAUUUUUUUGACAAGACAAGAGGAGAAAGGAAGUGGUCUUUUGGUCUUUUGUUACAUACAAAAAUGACUACCCUUUGUUGUAGUUGUAGGAUCCUUUUUUGGUUUUGGUGUUGCAUUCUUACUUAGAUCUCAUGUUCACAUGUGCUGCUUUUUUCAACAAUGUGUCUAUUCGGGGGAUGUAAUUUGUAUUUAUUUGUCAGUGCAUGUGCCACAACCUGAACGUAAUUGAAUUCUCCUCUGAUUUUAUUCCACAACAGAAUCGUACAUAUACAGGGAGAUAGCAAUAAAAUCGGGAAUUACAAUCUUCUAA